AUGGUGCGCGCGGUCAAGAAGAAGGUUGCAGGCAUGCAGGCUGCCGGUCCUGUCGUGGGUAACGUGCUGGAGCAGUUCAGGGAGGCUCUGCAAAUCACCUGGCGGGCGUACAGCAGGGAUCUCAAGAGCGACCAGCGGCUGCUGCUGAUUGACACACUGUGCGGGGGGCUCGUUACUAUCGGACUGGUGCAGGUACUGUUCAUCGCGGUGAUACGGGACACGUUUCCGUUCAACGCGUUUCUCGCGGGGUUCAUCUCAUGUGUGGGCCAGUUCGUGCUGUUGAUUUCGCUGCGGCUGCAGCUGCGCGAGCAGUUUGCGGGAAUCUCGAGCCAGCGCGCAUUUGGGGAGUUCGUGCUGGCCAGUCUCGUCCUGCACUUCAUCUGCCUACAUUUCAUUAACUAG